AUGGGCUCCUCCGGCUGCUGCUUCUGCCGCCGCUGCUGCUGCGUUAUCUUCCUCGCCUUCCUUCUCUCCUCUUCGGCGGCGUCCGCCUUCAACAUCACCCGCAUCCUGGAGCACAAUGCGGGCUUCGGUACCUUUAACAGCUACCUCACGCAAACCGAGCUCGCCGACGAGAUCAACCGCCGCGAGACCCUCACCGUCCUCGCCGUUGACGACGCCGCCGCCGCCGCCCUCUCUGGUCAACCACUUGACGUCGUCAGGAAGGUGCUCAGCGUCCACGUCAUCCUCGACUACUACGACGUCCCCAAGCUCCAGCACCUGCACAAGAAAACCGCGCUGGUGACCACGCUGUUCCAGUCCACGGGGCUGGCAACCGGUCAGAUGGGGUUCCUCAACGUCUCCGUCUCCGCCGCCGGCGUGACCUUGGGGUCCGCCGUCGCCGGCGCCGGCCCUGCCGCCCAGCUCGUGAAACCCGUGGCGGCGCAGCCCUACAACAUCUCCGUGUUGCAGGUCAGCAGCGUCAUCUUUCCCCCCGGUAUCCAGAACACCAACUACACCGCCAUCCCCCCACCACCACCGCCACCACCGGCGGCGGCGACGCCGGAGCCUGCUCCGGCACCGGAGAGCUCCCCCCCGCCGGCCUCAUCGCCGGCGGCGACAGCGCCGAGCCCGGCCAACGCCGUCGACGAUGACGCGUCUCCGCCGGCGCCGGAGACCCCUGACGCAGCUCCGGCGGCGUCUCCGACGACCGCUGCCGCCGACGACGACAACGACGACCAGGGAGCAGCGCCGGGUCCUGCCGACGCAUCCCCGGCUGCGAGGGUAACGCUCGGCGCCGGUGGGGUCGCCGUCGUGGGGGCUACCGUCCUGUCGUUGUUGUCUGCUCUCUGA